CAAAUUGGUUCAACAACUGUCAAAACAAUCAUCAAAAAAACACUUUUUUAAUAGAAAUUUCCUGAAAAUUUACGAAAAACCAUUGAUUUCUUGUUAAUUUUGGACAUUUUUUCAUCAAUAUUGAAGAACAAAAAAAGUAAACAAAGGCUCGUUCGCUGAAUCCAUCAAAAUGGAAGUCCUGUCGAGCGUUGUCGAGUCCUUCAAGUGCCACGAGUGCUCGUUCACGUGUGAGGAGCGCUACAGCUUCCUCUCGCACUUUUUCAAUCAUCACGUGAACCCCCUGGAUGCGUUCAACGAGCAAUCCAAGCAAGGAUUCACUUGUGCUAUAUGUCUUUCCUUGUUCGAGGAUGUCGAAAAAUUGCGACAACACUACAUCGUUAUCCAUAAUUACCAAUCGACGACUGAUGAGACUCCCGUUAAACAUAAAGUACCUGCGUCGACGCCUCCCGCAGUAGUCGCGGAACCAACAACAGCCGGCACCUCCGCCUCCGUAGACGAUCCAGCGUCAAAUAAACCUGCCAAUCUCGAAUUCAAUGCGUUCAAGGAGAAACUUACGUCGGAAUUUAUUCACAAAUGCACGAAGAAAAAGUGCAAAUUGAAGUUUCCGACAGUCGAGCAACGCGAUCAACAUACGCAAUGUCACACUGCCGAAGGAUCCGAAUAUUUGUUCAAGUGUUUUGCGUGUCCUGGAAACAACGAAAGUUGCUUCAAAAAGUGGAUCGAAUGUUGCAUGCAUCUGUGGAAGUCGCAUCAGUGCGAUGUGGGUCUUCUCAAAUGUCCUCUUUGCAAUUACCGGAGUCAAAUAUCGGUGAAAGUGUUUCGACAUCUCCAAACUCACAGCGAAAUGAAGGAAUUUGCAUGCACGGUCUGCGAGAAACCGCGUUAUUUUGCGCAGGAAUCGCAACUGAAGCGCCACAUGGAGUCCAUUCACGAAUCUACGGAACCAGAUGCCAACAAAAAAGUCCGUUGGUACUCGCAAAAAACCUGCGAAAUUUGUCAGCAUGUUUUCGCCAACUCCAAAACGCUCUCCAAACACAUCAAACAGGUGCACAACAAAAUAAAACCGUUCAUCUGCAAAGUUUGCGGCUACAAAGCGGCCCGCAAAGCCACCAUUACGAUCCACGAACGGCAACACACCGGCGAACGACCGCUUUCCUGCAAAGUGGAAAAUUGUGAUUUUCGUGCGGCAGAUCCGAGUGUUCUGGUGAAACACAUGAAGAAACAUGACACGGGAAACAGUUCGACAAAUUACCAAUGUCCCAAAUGUGAUUACACGACAAUCCAGGCGCCGGCUCUGAAAAAUCACAUUCGAGCGAAACACGAGGACUUUUAUCCGCAAAUCAAGUGUGAUCAGUGCAACUUUACGUCAAUCAACGAGAAAACGCUGAAUUUGCAUAAAUUGGAUCACAAAGCGGGCUUGAUCGAGGAUUCCAAUCAGUCGGAGGCGUCGUCGAUUGAUAAGCAAAUAUUGCAACGUGAUAACAAGCAUAAUAUAAGUUGUGAAAUUUCGUCGGAUUGCUUUUUGCCGCUCGAAAGCACGGAUUCAAUUACGCAUGACACGGGCGGCGUAACAAUUCCGCAUCAUACGACAACAUCGGCGGCAGCUCAUUCGGAGGACACACAAUUUCCUAACUAAAGAAAAAAGGGAUUUUUUUUUUGUAAUGGCAUUUAAACAUUUUUGAUACGGAAAU